AUGAAUAACACCGAUUAUAACCUUAUUCUUGUUGAUUUAUUGAAUACGGUACCAACUAAUCCGGUAAUACCUCCACGACCCGCCGAUAAUUAUCAAGAUAUACAAGAGAGAAUUAUGAAGACUUAUAGAAGACUCCUUAGGACCCGAACUAUAAUGAGAAAACAUCAGUUAGUUUAUGCAUAUUACCUGGGUGAAUUAUUAGAACAAUAUCCGGAAGAACGACGGAUAAGUAGAAGAAAGAUAUCCCAAUAUUAUUAUAGUGUUUCCAUUCGAACCUAUAAUAUAUUUGAAGGAAUUGGAGUAGAUCAAAUAUUUCGAACUAAUAAUACUACUCUGGCUAAGAUCGCUAGACUUUCUGCCAAUGAUUAUCAAGCCCUCAUAUAA